AACAUGGCCGCUAAAUCGGAUGGAACAGCCGUGUGUGUGAGCGAGAACGAGAGCGCUUCGCGGUGUCUGGUUGGCCAGGAGCAGAGCACGUCUCCGCUGCACCCUCACGCCGACAAGCGCUUCACGCUGCUGGACUGCUGCUGGGUGCUGUGCGCCCUCCUGGUCUUCUUCUGCGACGGAGCCACCGACCUGUGGCUGGCAGCGGACUACUACUUGAGGCGGGACUAUUGGUGGUUCGGGCUCACGUUAGUCUUCGUAGUGGUUCCCUCCGCUGUGGUUCAGGUGUUGAGUUUCAGGUGGUUCGUCUAUGAUUACUCGGAGUUGAGCGCGUCCCCCGGCGGGGAUGGAUGCAGUUUCAGCACCAUGGGCAGCGACAAGCGGAGCAGCAGUGGCGCGGCAGGAGCGCGAACGGUGCCUGCGAACGGAACGCAGAAAUGCUGCAGAGUGUGCAUGUGGUUCUUCCAGUCCAUCAUUCACAUCUUGCAGCUCGGCCAAGUAUGGAGGUAUGUCCACACUUUAUACCUGGGAGUGCAUGGCAAACUGGGUCAGCGUCAUUUCUACUGGCGUCUGAUGUUCGAGAGUGCUGACAUCAACAUGCUACGGCUGCUGGAGGCGUUUCUGAAGAGCGCACCUCAACUCGUGCUGCAGCUCAGCAUUAUGAUCCACAGCAACCACAUACUGCCCCUGCAGGGUCUCUCUGCAUCUGCAUCAUUGGUUUCUCUUGCCUGGAUGAUUGCCUCCUACCAGAAAGUUCUGCGCGACUCUCGUGACGAUAAGCUCCCCAUGUCCUACAAGGCUGUGAUUGUCCAGAUGCUCUGGCACCUCUUCACCAUCGGUGCUCGAACCAUCGCCUUCGCCCUCUUUGCUUCAGUCUUCCAGCUUUACUUCGGGAUCUUCAUCGUGGCCCAUUGGUGCGCCAUGACCUUCUGGAUCAUCCAGGGUGAGACUGACUUCUGCAUGUCCAAGUGGGAGGAGAUUAUCUACAAUAUGGUGGUGGGCAUUAUCUACAUCUUUUGCUGGUUCAACGUCAAGGAAGGCCGUGCCCGCUUUCGGCUGGGCAUCUACUAUUGCGUGACCUUAGUUGAGAACGUUGCACUCACUGCCGCAUGGUACAUCCACAGAGGACCGCAUACCUCUGACUUCUAUGCCCUGAUUAUCGUGUGCGUGGUGGUGUGUAGCUACGCAUUGGGAACAUUCUUUAUGUUUGUGUAUUAUUGUUUGCUCCACCCAGACGGGCCUAUCCUGGGCAAUCAGUGGAGCUGUGUAGAGGAAGAAAUGGGGGUUAUUGGGCUAGGUGUCAUUGGGGAUUUGGGUACACCCCUUCCCCAACCGGAUGUGGUCACCAGUCCACCCAGAACCCUCCAGAGGACUACAGGUGGGGAUCGGGAGAUUGGGGCGGGGGAUAGAGACAGCUGCCUUCCUGUAUUUCAGGUAAGGCCUCCUAGAGUGCCCCCAGCUCCCUCCCCUCAUCCCCCGAGGACUGAGGGUCCCGUUAUCCGUAUCGACCUGCCAAGAAAAAGGUACCCAGCCUGGGAUGCUCACUUUAUUGAGCGUAGGCUAAGGAAGACCAUCCUGGUGCUGGAAAAUACGUCUCCUGUGACACCUCGCAUCCAGUACCAAAGCUUCAGCAACCCCAAAGAAGUGAUGGAGUACGAGACUACGGUGUAGUGUUGCUCAUACCUCCCACCACCAGGGGGCUCCACCUUACAAGUGGCAUCUCUAUGCAGAGAAGAUGCCAAGAGGUGACAUUCCGAUCCUUGAUGGUCAGCAUGGUGCUACACAGUGGGACAUCUGCACGUUUGGCAUCAGCAUACAUCUGUUGCCUGGGAAUGCUUGACUGAUCUGAAAGUGCACCUUGAGCAGGCAGGAAUAAUAUGAACGUGGCAUUUAAAUGUCAAAUGAAUUGACUUGCAUGGGAAGUGACACAAGGAAAGAGACAUACCAGUCUACCUAUGCACUGAACAUAAAUAGGGAAUUCUAAUGAAAAUGAUGAGCAACAAGAGGAAGUGGACAAAUGUAAAAUAUAGAUGAACUAACCAAUCAGUAUUCCUCAUGACCAGCCUGACUGCUGUAUUGGUCUCCAAGUUCAAUGUUUCAGUGACCUGAAAAAAGUACAAAUUGUGUAUUAUUUGCUUCUGUGAAUGGUGAGGUUAGAGAGUUCAAUCAAUCAUCCUUUCCUCAAAAGAGUUUUUCUGUAAUUAUUGACAUAUUUAUUUAUUAGAUUUAUUUUUAUGACUUUGUGGCCAUGUCUUUGAUAUUUCUAAUUAAACAUUCAUAUAUAGAUAUUAUCUUUUGUUAUAUGUAUACAAUAGAAUGGUGCCAGUGUGUCAGUAUGAAUGUUUAUGGGUUGUCUGUAUGUUUGACUGGUCUUGGAUCAUGCUGCAUUGUUUGUCUGUAAAGAUAAAUGGAAGAAAAAAGUCAUAUAAUAAGACAAAAAGCUGUGAUCAAAAUGUAGUUGGAAAAAAAAUUGUUGUUGUAAAAAAAAAAAAAAAUUCAGCCUCGGAAAAGUAAAACAAUUGAAUUUUUGUGUGUGUGCUAUGGGGUGUUUAAUGAAAACAAAGUCAUUUUUAGAACUUGACAAUGUAUUCAAGGGAAAGGACCUUUUUUUUUCUG